GGACCAGAAAGGCCUCGCAGUGAAGUACACGUCAAAAAUGCUGUCUUUUGACACUGACAGGUGCUUUGCCGGAUGCUUUUGUAGACACAGAAAAAUACUACGAUGUGCAUUAAAUCUGUAGGUUUGUUUGUGUGUGUUUGUGCAGCUCGUCACGUUUAAAGGCACUGACGACUGGUUGACAACUUGCACUUAAGCUUGAGCAUGUCAAUUUUGAAGGGAAAGCAGAGGCGACUUUGUCAAUGACAAGAUCCAACACAUGAGCUAUAUGCAAGGUUCUCCCUAGAUAAGAAAAACAAUAUGCCAGAAACGUCAUUCAACUAAUCUAAUAUUUUGCAUAUCUUUUGUCGAUAAAUAUGGGCCAACUGCUGCCAAUCACAAUAAGACAUCCAUUCAUUCAUUUUUUAUAGAGCUUGUCAUGGAUAAUCUGGAGCCUAUCCCAGCUGACACAUACAUUCCAAUGUUCAAAAAUAUUCAUACCUAAUGACUAUUUAGCCUAACAUGCAUGCUUUUGGGGUUUGGGAGGAAGCAGAGUACCUGGAGAAAACCCACACUAGCAUGUGGAGAACAUGCAAACUACACACAGAGAUGCCCAAAGGGAGAUUCACACCUUUGACCUUCUGACGCUGUGUUUUGCCCAGCCACCGUGGACAGCCUUGGGAACGUUUCUUUAGGGUUUUUCUUUAAUCACAAUAAGCCUUUGUGAACCCUUUUUUUGGGUAAUUCAGUAAUCAUUCAAGUGUAACAAUGAUGCAUAUGUUUUUGUUCUCUUCAUCUUUCAGUUCUAAUCACACCUUGUUUUUGUGUUGUUUUAGGCAGCAUUUAAAUAUAUGGAAGUGUGUGUUUUCCACUUAGCUCAUUGGUCUCCAGCCACAUCCCAAUCGGCAUGUGUCGGAAAAAAUUGCGAUUUGUAUUCACACAAACAUGCAAUCUAAUUUCUAAUUAUUGACAAACAAACGCUGCCAUUUUACCCAAGGACUUGCUGUCGUUGGUAUGACGACCGACACGCUUUGCCGCCCAGUGCAAGUUGGCUCCAUUGCUCUGGUCAGCAAGCGCAAGUCACAUUAAUUAACCAACUUUUCUUUUGACUUGUCUUUAUUACGUGCAUGCAUGCAUUGCUAUGUUUUUGACUGGAUGGAUUAUUUUGUGUUUUUAUUCCCUUCCGGGACCUCCUGAUAGGAAAGCCACUUUUCUUUAAAGCAGAACAAGACAAUGAGGAGUCUAAUAAUAAUGAUAAAAAGCUGAUUUAAAAAAAUGAAAGUCAGUCCAUGGCUGUGAAAAUGGUGCAUGAGGAAAAAAUCUUCCCAGAGAAUCAGAAUCUCUAUUCAAAGCAAGAAAGUCAUGAUUCACAUUUUUUGCAGAAUGGUGCAUCCUUAAUGUGUUGCAUGUAAGCAGUCUUAAAACGGCACAAAUGAGCGUUUUAAAUCUUUUUGGUGUUCAGUUAUAAGGUCUGUUGUUGUGUAUGCGACGGGCCAGCUCGUUUGUGCUGCAGCAGUCGGAAGCGGCCCGAGGAGGAGGCACAAAGCCUGGGUUUAUAAGGGAUGAUUUAGGCAACACAGAGGGGAGGGGUCGCGGCCAAUUCAUUCAAGUGAAGAGUCAUUCCCUCUCGCCAGCUGCCAGACAAGGCCCUCUUCCUCCCCCGCUCUGUUGUAGCCAGCCUCAGAGGAAAGAUGAUAAGGACUACGCCCUCAAGCAGAUUGAAGGCACCGGCAUCUCCAUGUCAGCCUGCAGAGAGAUUGCCCUGCUGCGAGAGCUGAAGCACCCCAACGUCAUCUCACUGCAGAAGGUUUUCCUGUCGCACGCGGACCGAAAAGUGUGGCUGCUGUUUGACUACGCCGAGCACGACCUCUGGCACAUUAUUAAGUUCCACAGAGCCUCCAAGGCCAACAAGAAGCCACUGCAGCUUCCCAGAGGGAUGGUCAAGUCUCUGCUCUACCAGAUCCUGGAUGGCAUCCAUUACCUCCACGCAAACUGGGUCCUGCACAGAGACCUCAAACCAGCUAACAUUUUAGUGAUGGGGGAAGGGCCAGAGAGGGGUAGAGUAAAGAUAGCCGACAUGGGCUUUGCCCGUCUCUUCAAUUCACCGCUGAAGCCUUUAGCCGACCUCGACCCGGUGGUCGUCACAUUCUGGUACAGGGCGCCUGAGCUGCUGCUGGGGGCCCGGCACUACACCAAAGCCAUCGACAUCUGGGCGAUAGGCUGCAUCUUUGCGGAGCUGCUGACGUCUGAGCCCAUAUUCCACUGUCGCCAGGAGGACAUCAAGACCAGUAACCCUUACCAUCAUGACCAGCUUGAUCGCAUCUUCAACGUCAUGGGCUUCCCUGCUGAUAAAGACUGGGAGGACAUCAAAAAGAUGCCUGAGCACUCCACGCUGAUGAAAGACUUUAGAAGGAACACAUACACAAACUGCAGCCUUAUAAAGUACAUGGAGAAACACAAAGUCAAGCCAGACAGCAAAGCAUUCCAUUUGCUGCAGAAGCUACUGACCAUGGACCCCAUCCGUAGAAUCACAUCCGAGCAGGCAAUGCAGGACCCCUACUUUUUGGAAGAGCCGCUGCCCACUUCAGAUGUGUUUGCAGGCUGUCAGAUUCCUUACCCCAAGAGGGAAUUUCUGACAGAGGAGGAGCCGGACGACAAGGCAGACAAAGUAAGACAGAAGAACCAGCAGCAGCAGCAGCAGGGAAACAACCACACAAAUGGGGCGGGGCACACCGGCAACCCCGACAACAGCCACGCCCAGGGCCCGCCUCUGAAGAAAGUGCGAGUUGUCCCGCCCACCACUACCUCAGGUGGCCUCAUCAUGACCUCAGACUACCAGCGCUCCAAUCCACAUGCUGCCUACCAGAACCCUGGACCAAGCACAUCACUGCCCCAAAGCAGCAUGGGAUACUCCUCUACCUCCCAACAGCCUCCGCAGUACUCACACCAGACCCACCGCUACUGAAAAUGGCCACAUGUCAGCUCUCUCAACAAAAAAAAACCCACACAUAACACACAUGCUGCGCCCCCGCCCCUGCCGCCUCCCUCAUAACAUAUACCCUCAUUACUCCCUUUUGAAAGAAUGUACUGAGAGAUGAGGGGACGACAACGCCCCCCCACCACCACAGCCCCACAGGGGGCACCCCUCUUUGCUGCUUCAAGAUAUAGAGUGCAGCAGAGCACAAGUGUUAGCAGCACUGCUACAUAGCAACAAUCCAAUGAGUGAUAAACACAGGGACGGGGGAUGAGAAGAGUCCUCCGGCCUACGCACCGCCCUAGCCAGUAGCCCUCUCACUGUCAAAGCUUGGAUGAGACUGAAAAAGCUGCUAUUUGACUGCCAGCAUUGACAGAUUCCAUGUCCGUCUGUCGUACUGUUUGUCUCUCUGUCUGUCUUUUUCUUUGUAUGCCCCGCCCCCCAGCCGAGGACUGAACUGCAGUGGAAGCAUGCUGGGACGCAACCGUGUUGUUGAGAAAGGACAAAAGAAGAAAAUGAUUUUUUUUUUUUAGUCAUUUUUAAUUUAAUCCCUUUUCAUGGCAAUUAUGGCGAAGCAGCUUAUGCUGUGGGCAAGCCUUACAAACACGAUGAUGAAAGCAACCAGUCGCAUGGAGGAUGGCAGAUGGAAAUGCAUUGUACUGUAUUGUAUGGAGAUAUUUUACAUGACGCAAGUAUCCUGACAAUAAAAGUGGA